AUCAAACAAAAACGCAUUCAAUUACUCUCUAUAAAAACACAGAUCUUAAACACCGAUCCAGUCAUCAUGUUGCAACAACAACCUCCACGUCCGCUUAUUGCUGAAAUUGAGCAGCUUAAACGUUCUGUUGAUAGCAUAAAUUUACAAACCGCAGAGAUGCUCAAGAAUCUAGAAAACUUGCGACAUAUUGGUGCAGACCACAUAGCUCUUCCAUCAACACAGCAAGAAAAACUCGAUCUAGAAUGGGAGUAUUUUGAGACCGUAUGCGACCAAGUUUUCUUUAUCCUAGAAAAUGCUAAAUACAAACUUCGACGACAGCAGGACGCUCUUUCUUUACAACUGAACCCACCACUAUCAGCACCAGCACCAGCACCAGUAACAGCACCAUUACCUCCUUCUCUUCCACUCCAGGAAACGCCCGCUGCUCCAAAUUUUACGGAUCCAUCGAUCACUACUCUAGAAAUCAAUCCCUCGACAUCAACAACAGUUACUUCAGCCCCUAUUACAACAACAACUACUACCAUCACUGCUACCAACACUAAUGCUAAUGCUAAUGCUAAUGCUAAUGCUAAUGCUAAUGCUAAUAUCACCACUAACACUAACGCCGACACUACAUCGACCACAGUCCAAUCUAGUACAUCGCCAUUUAUUGCAGCUAUACAACAACAGCCACUUGACUUGGAAAUGUUGAGUCCACCCAAUAUGUUUGAUAUUAAUGCAAACACAAACAGAAUAUCUACAGCACCACUCUUGUCCUCUACCCCUAUUGUAAACGAAUCAGACAGGUCUAUUAUGGAUGACGAUGUAUUAGCUUCACAAGAAAAUAAGCUACAGGACACUAUGCUUGACUUGGGGGACAUUGGUAGCCUGGGUGACAAUUUAGGAGAUAUGGAUGACAUGAUCAACUUUUGAAGUUUUCUCAUCGUUAAAUGGAUCCAUCAUUAUAUGCUUUUUAUAAAUUAUUAUCGGUUAUUC